AUGGCAGACAACUGUGCAUCGUCAGCGGAGGAAAUUGUGAGUGAAAUGUCUCUUUCCCAAGUCAAAGCCGAGUUACAAAGGAGAGGAUUACCGGCAAAAGGAAAGAAAUCAGCUCUCAUGGCUCGACUUAUCGUUGCUAUAAAACAAGAAGAAUCUAACCCUCCAUCUUUGCAAAACAAAAGUAAAGGAUCGACUCAUAUAGGCCCUAAACAGGCCUUGGCAGCUGACAACAUGCCUGCAGCAUCAACUGGUGAACUUUUGUCGUCACAGUCUCCUAAUCAUCAGUUAAGUAAUUUUCAGUUGUUAAGAAGGAAAGAAAUUAUCCUCAAGACGGACAUUAAUUCUGUGACACAAGUAAUACUUGAGACAACCAAAAGUCCCAGCAACAACGUCAUAAGAAUAGAAAAUCGUGUUCAAAAGUUGAAUGGUUACAUGGAGAGUUGCAGUGAGGUAAGAGAGGAAAUUAUGGCUCUUAUUUCUGAUGAUGAAGUAGCUGAAGAAGCUCAAAGGUGGAUUGACUAUCAUCGUGACCCUGAAACGAAGAGAAGUCUGUUGAGCAUUGCGUCGAGGGUUUUUGACCCUAUGGGACUAAUCACACCAUUUACAAUCAGAGCGAAAAUUUUGUUCCAAGAACUAUGGCAGAAGGGUUUACAGUGGGAGGACCAGUCAGAUGAGGAUAUUGCUAAGCAGUGGAGGUCGUGGAAAUCGGAACUUUCACAGUUAAGUUGUAUCACCAUUCCCCGCUAUUUCAUGGAAAACAUUGGAUCAAGUUCUAGAAUAGAGCUCCAUGGCUUCGGUGAUGCUUCACCUAAGGCAUACGGUGCGGCAGUCUAUAUCAAGUGCUUGGAUGAAACCGGCCAUGCGUCAACACAUCUUGUCAUGUCCAAAUCAAGGGUGGCUCCCGCAAAGGCUGUAUCGUUACCGAGAUUAGAGUUACUUGCAGCUGUUGUUAACGCAAGAUUGCUGAAGUUUGUUGUAGAAUCCCUAACGUUAACACUCAAAGUAGAGCAGGUAGUCUGCUGGACUGACAGCAUGGUAACUCUUCAGUGGAUCAGAGGCUCAAGUAGCCAGUGGAAGACAUUUGUAGCAAACCGCGUUGCUGAGAUUCAGUCCACAUGGGACCCACACCAUUGGAAACACUGUUCAGGGGAGGACAAUCCUGCUGACUUACUUACACGUGGAGUGCCCGUAAAGGUCUUAGCUGAUAGCAAGUUGUGGUGGAGUGGACCGUGCUGGUUAUCUUCUCAAUGCCUGCCUGAACAACGAGAGUCGCCAAACGAAUUGACCGAGUCUGUAGAGAAAGAAAGAAAACAAAGGGUGACAAGAACGUGCGCGUUGAUUACUAUGGAACCAGUGAUUGAUCCAUCUCGAUAUGAGCAAUGGCUGACGCUAAUCCGGGUAACAGCAUUUGUUCUUCGAGGUGUUCGAGCUUUUAAGUCAGGAAUAAGUGCAGGUUCCAAAGAGCUGUCAGCCGAGGAGCUGCAAGAUGCCAAGUUGAGGUGGUACCGGGAGAUACAAAAAGAGGUGUACCAAGCAGAGUAUGAAAGGCUGGAGGAGGACCUUUCUUUACCAAACACCAGUGCCAUAUUAAAAUUGGACCCUUAUUACGACAAGAGAGAUCGCUUGCUGCGGGUAGGAGGUAGAUUACAGCACUCAGACUUGCCAGAGGGUACCAGACAUCCAAUAAUCUUACCACACGGGCAUGCGGUAAUUGAGAGAAUCAUACAAAGUGUGCACAAGGAGUUACUUCAUGCUGGACCUGAGGGCACUCUUUCGGUUCUACAAGAGAUCUGGCUCACCAAGGGACGUCGUGAAGUUAAAAGAAACCUGAAAAAGUGCCUUGUUUGUCGACGUCAACGAGUUGGUCCAUGUUCACAGAAAAUGGUGCCAUUGCCAUCAGAGAGGGUGUCAUUGUCUCCAGCCUUCAGUCACGUUGGUGUAGACUUUGCAGGGCCGUUGUUCGUACGAGGGAGUGCCUCCCCAGAAAAGGCUUACAUAUGCAUCUUCACUUGUGCCUCCUUUUGCAUGACCCAUCUAGAGCUUACGGGUGACUUGUCCACUAAAGAGUUCUUUCCGGCAUUUCUCCGUAUGAUCGGUAGACGAGGGCUCUGUAGAACCAUCUGGUCUGACAAUGCGAAGACGUUCAAAUGCGCUGACCAUGAGAUCCAACAGUUGUUCACAAAAGAGUCAUCUGUUAAUAAAGGAUUGUGGGACAGGAUAGAUCAGGAAGAGCUCCAGGCCAAAUUGACCUCCAAGGGAAUCAAGUGA